AUAGCUACAGUAUAUAAGUUCUUUGGUUGAACAGUGAGUCAGUAUUGCAGCUUUAAAGCAGGAUUGAGACGAACAUCUGUAACAGACAGUUUAACUUUACUUCGUGUGGAUACGUACAGAGGAGGAAAUGACAUCAUCCAGCCAAAAUUCCAUUGGCAACAGAUGCUGUAAGUCUUCAACAAACUGCUGUAAAAAUUUACAAAAUAUCUCUCUUCAAGAUCUGAAAGCUGAGUUGAAGAAGCAAUUUAAAUACACAUGGCCCUCGAUUUUGUACAACUUCUGCAACUAUUUUCUUGUUCUAACAACAUUGCUGUUUUGCGGACGUCUAGGGAAACUAGAAUUUGCAGCAGCAUCCCUGGCAAGUUCUGUAAUAAAUAGCCUCUGUCUUUCCGUUGCCCGUGGCUCAGCAACGGCAUGUGAUACGUUCUUUGCGCAGAUGUAUGGAAGCGACAACAGAAAGAAAAUAGGAGUAGUGUUACAACGCAGUCUUAUCAUCUUAACCAUCUUCGCUUUACCUGUACUCGCUACCUUUCCAAAUAUGGAGAGAAUUUUAAUUGCUGUAAAUGUCAAACCAGAUAUUGCAAGGCUGACUGGAACCUUUGUUGUUUACUUCAUGCCAGCAGUUCCUGUGGUUUUUUGCAUUGAAGUAUUUGUGAAAUAUCUUCAAAACACAAAUCAUGUGCUACCUGUCGUUGUUUGUACAGUUACAGCCAAUGCUAUUGGUGCAUUGCUCUGUUACAUAUUUAUAUUCCGAAUAAAUAUGGGAAUAAGUGGGCCUGCGCUUUCUCUGGUUCUUACAUACUUUGCUUUGCUUAUUCUACUUGUUGGUUACAUAAAAUUUAGUAAGAUGUACGUCGAAACCUGGCAAGGUUUUAGUAAGGAGUGUUUUUAUGACUGGGGUUCAUUUAUCUCCCUCUCUAUAUCUGGCAUGAUGCAUAUUUGUCUCGAGUGGUGGGGAUUUGAAAUUGGCUACUUCCUUUCAGGUAUUUUGGGUAAAACUGAACUCGGUGCUUAUUCUAUUACUGUCCAGUUUGCUGCAUUAUCAUAUAUGAUUCCUCUUGGAUUAGCCAUAGCAGCAAGUAUAAGAAUAGGUCAUUCUCUCGGUGCAAAGGAUUCUAAAUCUGCAAGGACUGCACUGUGUGUAGCACUUUUAUGCAGUUGGGUUUGUGCAUUGUUUGUUUGUAUUUUGUGGUUGUCAACUAAGGAUCAUUUAGCUAAAGUUUUUAUUGACGAUCCAGAAAUAAUCAGCCUGGUGUCCAAGGUUGUACCCCUGUGUGUCGUAUAUUCAUUCUUUGAUUUCACUGGCGCCGUAUGCAAUGGAGGUCUGCGAGGCGCCGGUCAUCAGAAGAUAGGAGCCAUUGUUGGCUUUAUAAGCUACUAUAUCAUAUGCCUACCAGUCGGAGGGUACUUGAUGUUUAAAACAGAUUUAGGAAUAAUUGGAUUGUGGUCUGGUAUCACAUUAGGUCUUAUGGCGCAAGGAUCAUCGCUUUUGAUUUACAUGAUGAAAUUAGAUUGGGAUCUUGAGGGCCACAAGGUAAGCUCUUUUGUCCCACUCUUACUGUUUGUCCUUUGCUUUCAAAAUAGGCUUAAGAUGUGCAAUAAUCCCUUUGAAAUGAAAUUUGGUUCCUACUUUUUUAAUAUGUAA